UCGGUGCAGGUAUUUGGCAUGUCAAUAGUUCAGCAGUUCAGUUCACUCUCGAUCACCUGUUAGGAAGGUACUACCUACUAGGAAGUAUCAAUUGGUGUUAGAUUUCUCCCCAUUACGCGGACAGUGUGAAAAGUGAGGCAAGUUCGUGAAUACACUCGAUGUUUGUGGUGAGACCACAUCAGAACCACACGAGAGAAAACUAACUGUCGGGCGGCAAUCUUAAGAAAAUCGGCGUUUUUCCACAAGCUCCUUCAUCGAAUGAAAUGUCAUUAACAUCACAAGACCUUGGUUGAUGCAUGAUACUUGACAUUGAACGCUAAAAUCUAUUGUCACGGUGUAUAGGCAUCUAGUUGUGGAUACCUCUUGAAAUGAACCAUCUUCCCUAGUUGCAGUGACUUUGUGAUUUGGCCAGAACUUUUCGAGAUGACGAAAUUCAAAAUGAAUUCCGAUUCUAACAAUGGCAGUCAGGUAACAUUGACAAGUUACAUGAUAGGUGGCACAGACAAUGGCGAAAUUAACCAUGGGUAUGACUCUACCAAUGAUUUGACGAAAGACCAGAAUAUAUGCAUAGGAUGUCAGAAAAAAAACAACAACGCUCUCUUCAACCUUCCAGACAGUAACUAUCUUAGGAAUAGGACGAAACCAACAAUGAAGGAACGACUAUUGGAUAAAGUGAAAAAAGGGUGCACGCGGAAAGUCUUAUACAAACGUAUUCCUAUUCUCUCUUGGCUUCCAUCGUACAAUUUAGACUAUGCCAUAUGUGAUUUGGUCGCUGGCGUGACAGUCGGUCUCACAGUUAUACCACAAGCUAUUGCCUACGCUAAUAUUGCCGGAUUGCCUCCACAAAUUGGGUUAUAUUCCUCAUUUUUAGGAUGUUUCUUCUACACCAUAUUCGGAAGUUGUAAGGACUCUGCAGUUGGACCAACUGCUAUCAGUGCCCUAUUAACCAGAGAGAACAUACAUGGUUUAGGUCCUGCAGGAGCAACCAUUUUUUGUUUCCUCAAUGGUUGCGUUGUUUUCCUCAUGGGAGUUUUUCAAUGCGGCUUCCUCAUAGACUUCGUUUCUGGUCCAGUAUCUGUAGGUUUCACAUCGGCAGCUGCAAUUAUUAUCGCCACAACACAAAUGAAGGACAUAUUGGGUUUGCCAUAUCCAGGAGGAGACUUUGUUAUCAUUUGGGAACAAAUCAUUCAGCAUAUAUCAGAGACAAGGUUCAAUGACGCUGCCCUCGGUAUAGGAACUAUAUUAGUUCUUCUCCUUCUAAGGAGUAUAAAGAAUAUUAGGUUUGGAUCAGGUGAUGACGAAAAAGAACCCGUAAAAGCUUUCUUGAACAAAUCUUUAUGGCUCAUUUCAACUGCAAGGAAUAUAAUAGUUGUAUGUGUCACAGCAGCAAUAGCCUACCUGUUCGAAAUCCAUGGAUCUCAGCCGUUCAGAUUGACUGGAUACGUUAAGCCGGGCCUACCUGAUAUUGUGCCACCCGAAUUCGAAAUCAAUAUGGGUAACACUACUCGUAGCUUUAUGGAAGUUACUUCCACCAUAGGGACAGGCCUUCUGGUGAUUCCUCUGCUAUGCAUCUUGGAAAAUGUUGCUCUAGCCAAAGUCUUCGCUGAUGGAAAAGCUAUUGACGCCACUCAAGAGAUGUUUGCUUUGGGCAUCUGCAAUAUAGCCUCCUCAUUUGUUCAGUCUAUGCCAGUAUCUGGAGCACUCUCGAGAGGUGCAGUCAAUAAUGCCUCAGGUGUUAGAACAACCUGCGGUGGAAUUUACACGGCAAUCAUCGUAAUGCUCUCUCUGAAAUUCCUGACGCCAUGCUUCUCCUAUAUACCAAAAGCUUCCCUAGCAGGUAUCAUUGUUGCUGCAGUAGUCUUCAUGGUUGAAAUUCAAGUGGUGAAACCUAUGUGGCGGACCAAAAAAACAGAUCUCAUACCAGCAACAGCAACAUUUUUGGGAUGCCUUCUUCUUCGUCUUGAAGUUGGUAUUAUUUUAGGAAUUGCCAUCAACAUCAUGUUUCUUCUGUAUCAAUCUGCCCGACCUUCUGUUCGUGUUGAAAAAUCAACGACCCCUUCUGGAUGCGAUUAUCUUCUCAUAACUCCUGAUAGAAGCUUAGCAUUCCCAUCAGUAGAAUACGUAAGGAACACUGUGUCCAAAGCUGGUAUAAAACAAGGAUCUAGCUCAAUUCCAGUCGUUGUGGAUGCCAGACAUAUUCAAGCUGCUGACUAUACAGCCGCAAAUGGUAUAAAAUCUCUCAUAGACGACUUCUAUCAGAGAAAUCAGGCCAUAAUAUUCUUCAACCUGAAGCCCAGAGUAUCAAGUAUUUUCCAAGGUGUGGGGCCGAAACAAUUCAUCCACUGUAAUACGUAUCAAGAAUUGAACCAACUUUUGCAGAAACAUUGCAAAGAUACUAAAUGCAAAAUCAAAAUGAUUGAUGCUCAUGAAAUUAUAGAUUUCAGUAUGUGAUAGUAUAUAUUUAUAGAUAAAUUAGUAGAUUUCAUUUACAAAUGUGAUAAUAAAUAGAUAAUUGAUAUAAAUUUUG